AUGUCAAGACCAGCCAGUUUAGCUGCUAGAUUUCUGCAAAGAGAUGGAGGGUCCAAUGCGUCUUCCCGGUCGUCUUCCAGAGUACGUACACCCAAUCCAGAUGGAGAGGAGAAUGGCUCGUUGGAUGUGAACUUCCAUGGCAUCGAGGAAUUACUCUCCAAGAAGUUGGAGUCUUUGCAGGCAAUUAUACUCCAAAGCGAGCAGGAGGAUGCUGAAAACAGAGACUCUAUGGUCGCCAAUGCCCAAGAUUAUAGAGAAAAGCAUGUCAAUGCCAUGAACAAGAUGAGAAUUCAGUCCGAGUCCACUACCGUCAAUGAAAUCAUUGACUCUCUCGGACGUGCUCGUUCUGAAGUGUCGUCUCUGUCUAGAGAGAUGCUCUUGGCUCAGCUCUAUAAACUCGUGGUUAUUAGACCAUUGGUUGUCUACAAUGAAGAGAAUGCUGGUACUCCUAACUACGUUUCUGAGGAAAAGGUUCUGCAACUCGUUAAGCUUCUUAAUUUGAAGGAGUACAGAUCAUCAUCCGAGUUCAUUCUUUUGUUCCGUUCCAUCAUCGGUUUGCUUGCUAGUGACCUUGAGGACUUUGGAGAGAUUGUCAGUGUUGACUUCCAUGCAAAGUUAGAAACUCUCAUCUCUGAGCCUCCAAGUGCCUACAUUAAUGAAGAAAACAAGUCAGGCGUGAUUAGCGGCUAUUGCGCCCUUCUCAUCGUGUUAUACGCUGACAAUUCUGCUUUCGGUGUUGACGAUAAGGUGAAGUGGCUUAUGGAGCUUGCGCAAGGGUAUGUGCAAAGCAGUGUCACCCUCUCCAAUGAGCUUAAAACAGGUGACCGUGAAUACUCCACCUUGAUGGAUGAGAGCGAGGACAAGCGUCUUGUCAGUGAGCAGGAGGCUCAUCUUCAUGCCGAGGCCAACAUCGCCAUUGCAGCUAUCCAUGGUGUUGCUGGCCUUUUGACUCUUCUUCCGCGUGGCGAAUACUUGAACGAACUCCUUACUACCCUCGCCACAGAAUUUGUCGAAAUUGUCGAUAAUGACGUCAAUGUAGACAUUGCCAAGGCGGGAGGAAGGGCCCUCGCUCUUUGUUACGAGCUUUACACCUACGAAGAAGGUAGCGAAGACCCUGAUGAUGUCGACGAAGAAUUCAAUUACAAUGCACCAUACUACGAGCAAGAGGCUCUUCUUGCUAUUUGCAACAGACUUUCAGGCAUGACUGCCAAGAAAGUCGGUAAGAAGGAGAAGAAGGAGACAACAACUGUCUUCAGUCAAUUGUCUAACACGAUACAACAGUACACGAAUCCAGAUCUCAGGGAAGAAAUCUAUAAGAGAUCGCUCAAGGCAGCAGAGUUGCAGAACGAGAGUGUCAGCACAACUACCAUCAAGUUAUCUCGUUCCAAGACUCUCCCCAUUAACAGCUGGUUCUUGUACUUCAGACUUCUUCAUUUGAAAUGGUGUUUCGGAUUUGGUCUCCAUGAUCAGCUUGUCCACAACCCUGAUAUCAGAGGUGUGUUGAAGGAACCAUCAACGAAGUACUCUGACAAGUACGGCGGAGGUGACGAGCUCAUUUUGGGCGGCGACACCUAUGGCCAGAAUGCAAUGAGCGAUGUGGACCGGUUCGCACGCUCAGAGAAGAAGAGGGCUCAUGAUCUCAAGAAAGCCCGCCAGACGAAGCUCUCAGAAGAGCUUGAGGAUCUUGGAAUCAAAGAUGACUAA